AUGUCGACUGCUUCGCUGCGUGUCGCAACCCGCAUGAAUGCGCUCUUGCGCGUCCCUGUGUCGGUGCGUGCUGCUGUGCGUAUGCCACAGGCGAUGAUCAUGCGUGUGCCGCAGAUGCCGCGCACCUUUGCAUCGUCUGUGCGCCGCUUUGGCCAGGGCGAGACGGAUGCCGAUCUUGUUGCCAGUCUUCAACAGGAGAUUACCUACGAGAUGGAAUCAGCUGAGUCGGCAGGUGGUAUGGAUGUGGAGCCGGAGUGGCUCGCGCAGUUCCGUUCCGAGGGUGUGUGGCACAUUGAAGACAAGGUCGGCUCGGACGAAAUUGCGCUUACGCGUAGCUUCGGCAAUGAGACCAUCCGUGUGUUGUUCAGUAUCGGUGAAAUCGAUACAACGGAGCCCUCGGAUGACCUGGAGGCUGACGAAGCAGACCAGCUCGGUGCCAAUGGCGAAGAAGAGUUUGAGGGCAGCUUCCCAGUGCGCUGUGCCAUCAACAUUACCAAGGCCGGUCGUGGCUCGCUGAACAUUGAUGCGCAGGCGCAGGAUGGUCAGUUCAUGAUUGAGAACGUGACAUUCUACCGUGACGACAAGCUCGCUACCGCUCUGACGGCUGAGGCGGACUGGGCGCGUCGUGGUCUGUACAUUGGACCUCAGUUUGAAACGCUCGACGAGAACUUGCAGGCGCAGUUUGAGAGCUACCUGGCUGAGCGUGGUAUUUCCACGAACUUGGCUCUUUUCAUCCCGAACUAUGCCGAGUACAAGGAGCAGCGCGAGUAUUGCGGCUGGCUCGAGGGCGUCAAGUCGUUCAUUGAGGUAUAA